CAGAUAUUUCAGUGCACUUUCUCAAAACAGACUAAAUGUGCUAACUAUCAUGUACUGGUAUGUUAUUUCAAGUUUUCAAUCAUUCAAAACCCAAAACUCAAAAUGAGGGUUAACUAUCUUUUUGGGAUAGCACUUAUUCUAUGUACUCUCAUGUUGACAAAAUCAGAUUAUUUGGAAACAAUCGGCUGUUCUAAGCUGACCAGGAUACGACAGAUUCAGUUGUGGAACCAAAUGUACAAUGAAGCCUUCAAGAUGCUUGGUCGUACAAGGGCAGAUGUGUGUAUUGCGGUAUACAGAACAUUAUUCAAGAUGGACCCAGAGACAGAGAAGUUGUUCUGGAGAGUCCAUGGUAAUGACACAAGAUCUCCACAAUUUAAGGCCCAUUGUCUGAGGUUCUUAGGUGGAAUGGAUAUGCUUAUUUCACAUUUGGGAAAAGAAGAUGUUUUACAUAACCAACUAGACAUGCUUAGUUACAAACACUCUAAGAUACCUGGGCUCAAGAAAGGAUACUUUAAGCUUAUAGGCCAGGCAUUUGGUUUGACAUUCUACAGCAUACAGAAUGAUAUGGACACAUACGCACCAGGGGAGAAGAAAGAAUUCAGAAAGAAUGCCGCAGCAUGUAUAAGAUACAUCAAGGAUCAAAUCACAUCACGUUUGGACUUUGACGAGGACGAGGUUCUGAAGAUCGAGCCUUGAUCUACUGAAUAUAUGUUAUAAAAAAACACAGGGUGUACCAAAAGUUAGACAACUUAUGAAGGACAUUCAUGUAUAUUUCCUGGUUUAAAUAACCACAUUUUGCAUUUACAUUACUAUAAUAAGAUCAGAUAAAUAAUGACAAUAAAUUCUGUCAUAUUAA